UGUUGUUACAUUUCCGAGGGUUUAUGAAUGCAUCUUUUCCGGGUUUCUACAGGAAGUGACGACACGCGUUUUUUCGGCUUUUCUCGUGCGGUAGCAGCUCCAUCUAUUAAAGAUGACUACAGCUGCAAGACCAACAUUUGAGCCGGCCAGAGGAGGGCGAGGUAAGGGAGAAGGUGGAGGGGAUUUAAGUGCCCUGUCCAAGCAGUAUUCCAGUCGAGAUCUCCCGGGUCACACCAAAAUCAAAUACAGACAACCUACCCAGGAUAACCAGGAAGAGGUGCGUGCCCGUGACUUCCGCAGGGAGCUGGAGGAAAGGGAGCGUGUAGUUGCACGUGAAAAGACCCGAGAGAGAGGACCAAGAGAGCACACCACAUCAUCAUCAUCUUCGUCAUCAUCCUCAAAGAGGCCCAGACUAGAUCAGAUCCCAGCAGCCAACCUUGAUGCUGACGACCCUCUCACCGAUGACGAUGAGGACGAGGACUCUGAGGAGGACAGCGAUGAUGACGACACUGCAGCGCUUCUGGCAGAACUGGAGAAGAUCAAGAAGGAGCGGGCUGAAGAGCAAGAACGCAAAGAGCGGGAGCAGAAGGCAGAGGAGGAGAGAAUUCGCAUGGAGAAUAUAUUGAGUGGCAAUCCAUUGAUCAAUUUGGCCGGGCAGCAGCAGCUGCAGCAACAGCAACAGCAACAGCAACAGCAGGUCGCCCCGACUCAGACUACAUUCAGAGUCAAGAGAAGGUGGGAUGAUGAUGUUGUGUUCAAGAACUGCGCCAAAGGAGUUGACGAAGCAAGGAAGGAGAAGCGCUUUAUCAAUGACACACUGCGCUCUGAGUUCCACAAGAAAUUUAUGGAGAAAUAUGUAAAGUAAAGACUUGGUGUUUUUUUGUUUUUUUAACCUUUUGUUUAGACUUCGCUCUCCUUUCCCUCAAUCCCAAGAUUGACAAAUGCAUUCACAUACAUUCUGUAUUCAAAUGCAUUAGUAUGUGUACAGUCAACAAGUAAGAUGUUGUAUAUAAAUGAGUGGGAAAGAUACAUCCUUUGAAUAAAGCAAAUGAAAAGUUGAAACUGUUAAAUGUCUUUCUGUAGGUUUUUCUUUUUAAAUAAAAUUAACAUUUCAAUAAACUGUAA